GUGGGCGUUCCCCGUCGACGCGCAGACUGAGACGACGCUAAAAGCGCGGGAGUUGACCAUGAGGUGGCGCUACCAGCAGCGCAAGGCCAAGGGGUCGACCGACGCGCCGCGCGAGGAGGGGCCCGUGGCAGCGGCAGAGGAGACGCCUCCACCGAAGAAGAAGACGAAGGAUUCCACCACCCAAGAGAAAGGGGGGGGCAGCAGGAUCCAGCGGAGCAGAAGCAGCCAGCUGAGAAGGCUUCGCAUGACGCCGCUGCUGGAGCCCCAACCCGCACGCGCCCAUCGCGAGGGUGGCCAGGUGGCGGCGACCGCGACCCCCGAGGCCAAGGCGAAGACAAAGGGCAAGCCCAUGGGCUCGAAGCCUCGCGGCCUCGCGGCGUUGAAGGGCAACUAUGAGGUGGGGGCGAAGCAACUGAGGAGCACCUUCUUCAUCGCGUCUGCCCAGUGCGGGUCGCUGAUGAAGGACGUGCGUACCAUGCCGAAGUGGAGGGGCAAGUUCGAGGCGUCGGCGAACUUCAGGGAGGAAGGCCCCUUCUUUGACUCGUUCUUGCGCGCAGUGGACAUCGACGACUUCAAGAAGGCCAGUGCUCUCAGCAAGGGCGCUUUCAAAGUGAGCCUCGACAAGUUCUGCUUGCGCAUGGGCGCGAAGUUGCUGGACGCCCAGGGUGUGAUGUCGCUGCUCGGGCAGCAG